AUGAGUAAGAAAGGCGGCCGCCCUAAGACCUAUGGUGUUCAUGAGCACUUUGCAGCAGCCCCUAUUCCUCCAGGAGGACACAAAUUCACUCAACAUCGCGUUCGGUGUAAGUACUGUUCUAAAACUAUGGCCAAGCACGUCCAACGGCAACAGAACCACCUUGCCAAGGAGUGUCUUGGGUUCCACCAAGCUGCAGGCUGCAGUGGAUUUUGCCCGACACGAAUCACCACGGCUCUGUCUAUUAUGGAUCGAAACUCUAAAGAUGCCAUGUUGAUCGCCAGCCUCGAAGCACCACCGCUCUGUCCAUUAUGGAUCGAAACUCUAAAGAGCAACUUGAUCGAGCUGCAGCCCUCGCCGUCUUCACGUCUGGCAAGCCAUAUACCACCUUCGAAGAUUCUGGCAUGGUUGAGUUCAUCCAAAUGCUCAAUCCAGCUGCAAGCCAUAUACCACCUUCGAAGUUCUGGCAUGAUUGAGUUCAUCCAAAUACUCAAUCCAGCGUACAAGCCCCCUUGUGGUGAUCGAAUUGCCUCUAUACUUCCUGAAGUCUACCAAGAUUACUGA